AUGCUUAUGCGUGGCGGGACGGGACUGCUGGUUCUGGCUGCGCCGCUAAUGUGGUGGCCCUCGGUUGAGGAGCUGCACCAUCACCCGCUCGACGCACGCCGCACGUUCUUCUCCGCCAUUACAAACGCCGGCGUUGCCGUUGGCGCGGCGGACCGUUUGGUGGGCCUAUCGCGUCUCGGUACAAGUGUCAUGUUCUCCGGCGUCCUUGACGGAGCCUCCGUGCGGGUGUAUGACCCGUUCAGCGGUGCGGAGGUCACCCUGGCAGUGCGCACAGCGCCUAGUGAGCAUGCGCUUGCUUCUGGCGCCUCGUUGCAGGCCAUUGCGGAGGCGGAUCGCGUGCGCAUCGAAGCAAUGGCUGUGGAAACAGCUGUGGAGCUGCGUCCUUUGGCGGAGGCGGGCAACGCCCUUUGCGAGAGACACACCGCAGCUGCUGUGCGUCACAUCCUCCACUAUUUGCGGCGGGCACGUCGUUCAGGUGUAUGCUCGGUUCUCUUUACGGGCGAGCACGGUGUCGGGAAGACGCACACAAUGCAACACGUAGCGCAGCAGUUCCCGCCCGUUGUUGAUGUGCAGGGCGUCAAGUACGUGUUGGAGCGCCGUGACCUUAGCGUCGCCCGCCUGCUGCAGCUGAAUGAGCGGGAGGCUGUGACGGUGCUCCGCCGCAUUUUUGCUGUUCCACCAGUGGCGUCGCCAAACGGCACCGAUGCCGUCCUGCUGUUGUUGACUCUUGAUGCUGCUGACUUGCUGUGGGCUGAUGCAAACUCGUUGGUAGCGCUUGUCUCGCACCAGCUGUGCUCUCUACUUGAGGAGCUGCGGGAACCGGCGGGAGCGGCGCAUGCUCAUUUUCACGUUGUGCUGCUCGCCACAGCUAGUACCACCACGUCACUACCUACUACGCUACUCACGCGUCUUUCCUCACGGGUUGUGCACGUCGCGCCCCCGUCGCUUCAGGAGCGACAGAGAUACAUUGACAGGCACAGUGCCUCCUCUAGUUUUCCGCCAGAGGUGCGGCAAAGGGUGGCCGAAUUACUUGCAGGGUAUACGGCUGGGCAGUUGGUGGCGUUACAAGCGGGGGAUAUGCUCCUACAAACGUUGGAACGCGAGGCGGCACGUGGCGCAAAGCAGAGAGAGUUCGAAGAAAACCAGGAACAGGAAGCGCGGCUUGACGCUUACCGCGGACUCAUUGGGCUGGAUGCCAUUGUCCGUGAUCUUGAGGAGUUUGUCGUGUGGCCGCUGCUCCACCUGCAACUGCUGCGCCGCUGCGGGGUGAUGGCGCCGAAGGGUGUUGUUGUGUGCGGCCCAGCAGGAAGUGGAAAGACGGCGCUGUUGACGGCGCUGGCGCGGCGCCUGCGGUCGGAGAGCGCACGCGGGGUGCACGUGAUGCUUGUCGACGGCCUUGCACUGAUUGAGAAGGAGGUGGGGCGCACGGAGAAGAACAUUGCCGCGCUCUUCGCCACUGCGCGGGCGAUGUCGCCCACCGCACUGUUCCUUGACAACAUUGACAGCCUGGCACCUCCACGCGGCCAGCACACGAGUGAGGUUUCGAACACAGCCGACCGCACGCUCAGCACGCUGCUCACAGAGAUGGACGGUAUCAGCAAUCGCCACUGUGAUGGCGAUGUUGUUUUUGUCGUGGCGUCCGCGCCGUACUUUGCGGCACUCGACCCCGCCAUUGGCCGUCCUGGUCGCCUCGACCUCCGGCUUGAGAUCCCGCUCCCGACGGCGGCGGAGCUGCGCGACCACGUUGUACGCCGUGUCAUGUCAUGCGUGGUGGAGUGCGGUGGCAGCGACGCGACGGGGGACGCGGGGACGGUGUCAGCUCUGGUGGAGGCGCACGUGGCGCGGUGGAUGAACGCGCGGCGUGUCACCGUGGCGGAGGCAAACGCCUUCGUCCGUGAAGUGGCCUUGCACAUGCUGGAGCCAUCCCCCUGCACCCCGCUGGAUCGGCUGCGGGAGACCCUGCAGAGGGCUACCGGCUCGUAG